AUGAAUGCACCUGGAAAUAAUCAAAUGAUUGCCCCAAAAAUUCAGAAGCCAUUGAUGAAUGCUUGUGCAGUUGAGACCACAAAUGCUAUUCUAGCUGAUCUUGGAGAUAGGUGGUUCACUUUACUACUUGAUGAGGCUCGUGACUGUUCAGUGAAAGAGCAAAUGACAGAUGUUAUUAGAUAUGUGAACAAAUAUGGAGAGGUGAUUGAACGAUUUAUGGCCGUAGUUCAUGUUGCAACAACUACAACUGCUUGUUUGAAGGAGGCAAUCGACUCUUUAUUUGCUAAGUAUGGUUUGUCAAUGGCGAGAUUGAGGGGUCAAGGAUAUGAUGGUGCUUCAAAUAUGUCUGGAGAAUUUAAUGACUUAAAGUCACUGAUAAUGAAAGAAAAUCCAUAUGCAUUGUAUGUUCAUUGUUUUGCUCAUCAACUCCAGCUAGUGGUUGUAGUUGUUGCUCAAGCAAAUCAAUAUGUUUGUGAUUUCAUGUGGAUUGUUGGUUCGAUUGUGAACACAUCUGCAUCAUCUUGCAAAAGGGCCGACAAACUUCGACAACUUGAACAUGACAGAAAAGUUAAACUUCUUGAAAGAGGAGAGAUUAGUUUUGGUAGAGGACUAAACCAAGAAACUAGUCUAGCUAGACCCGGAGAUACACGAUGGGGGUCUCAUCAUUCAACUUUAUGUCGUAUUGAACAGAUGUGGUCAUCUGUUAUAAAGGUUCUUCAAAAUUUGAUUGAUGAUGGUCAUCGUUCUUCUAAGGGUUUAAGUAGAACUUUGGUUGAAAGAAUGGAGAGGUAUGAAUUUGUGUUUAUUCUACUUUUGAUGAAAUGUAUAUUGGCAAUCACAAAUCAUUUGUCAACCGUUCUACAAGAGAAAGAUCAAAAUAUUGUGAAUGCGAUGCGUUUGAUCAAUAAUGUGAAAUGCAAAUUGCAAAAGUUGAGAGAUUCUGGAUGA